CAGCGGGAGGGGGGGGUUUAUUUGGCCAUCGGUGAAAACGGAGGCCGGAUUCUUACCGUUUUCGGACUUCAAAAAUAUCGGUAGCCCGCCGAAAUAUCGCCGCAGUAUCGCCGGCAUUCCGAUUCUCCGGCCCGAGCCGCCGAUAUAUUCCCAUCUCGAGCUCGCUGUCUACAGCAAUAUUAGGUAUAAAUAGAAGAGAGAGGUGUGGGCGUGGGUGAGGGCUUCUUCUUUCGUCUUUUCGAGUCUCUUGGAGCGAAGCAGGGAGGGAGAGAUCUUUGGAGAUUUGCGCAAGCCAUUCGAGCUGUUAGAGGUCGAAGAAACAGCGAUCGUGAGAUCUUCAAACAAGAAUCCAUCAGAGACCAAAGAAUCGAGCAAUCGAUUCCAUCACAAAGAAAGGAAUCGAAGUCAUCCGAAACAUCGAAUCAACACAAGGCCUCGGGGUAGAAUCGGAAGAGCAUUGUUUGUUGCCGGAGAGAUGCUGGCCUGCAUCGCUUGUUCGAAGCACGAGCUCGAAGAUGGCGCUGAAGACACUGCGCGUGCUGGGACCCCAAGUACCAAAGACGCCGUCAAAAGCCUGACCUCCCAGAUCAAGGACAUGGUGUUGAAGUUCUCUGGUUCGUAUCGGCAAUGCAAGGGUGGCAGCUCGUCUUACCGGAGCAAGAGCUUCCGCCAAUCCCGCUACCGCCGCGGUGGCGGCAGCAGCAGCUCAUACCCGGUCACCGACGACGAUGAUGCAGCCUCCGACGGUGGAGGCGGCGGCCACUACGCCUUCCUGCGGCCGGGGAGCUCGAGCUCAACCCCGGCGUGGGACUUUACGAGCAUCGCCUCCGGUGGCAGGGAUGAUGACAGGUUCAAGGCCAACAAGUGGAUCCCGGGAGUUGGGGUGGUGGCUAUGGCGGAGCAGGAGGUGGUGCUGGAGGACGACGACGAGCCCAAGGAAUGGAUGGCUCAGGUGGAGCCCGGCGUCCACAUCACCUUCGUUUCUCUCCCCGGCGGUGCCGGCAACGACCUCAAGCGCAUCCGUUUCAGUCGGGAGAUGUUUAACAAGUGGCAAGCUCAGAGGUGGUGGGGAGAGAACUACGAUAGGAUCAUGGAGCUUUACAACGUCCAGAGGUUUAGCCGCCAGGCACUGCCGACUCCACCGAGGUCCGAUGAUGGCGAGAGAGAAUCAUUGUAUUCGCGUGUGGGGUCGACGAGGGAGAGCCCUGUCACCCCUCCUCUCGGCAAAGAGCGGCUCUCCCGAAACACAUGCAGGUCAAAUUCGGCUGCUGCUGGUAAAGGAACUUGCUACCCGACGGUGCCCGACCCUUCAGAGCAUAUUUUUCCUCACCACCUCAAUAUUUCUGCUGCUGCUGCUGCUGCUGCUGGAGCUGUGGGGUCUUCCGGUGUCAAGGGAGAGGCCUCUUCGGUCGACGCAUCGAGGACGACUACUUCCUCCAGGGACGAGGCCUCCGUCUCCAUCAGCAAUGCCAGUGAUCUGGAGGUGACAGAGUGGGUGGAGCAGGAUGAGCCUGGGGUUUACAUCACCAUCCGAGAGUUGGCCGAUGGGACCCGAGAGCUUCGUCGGGUUCGAUUCAGCCGAGAAAGGUUUGGUGAGGUGCACGCCAAGCUGUGGUGGGAGGAGAACAGAGAAAGGAUACAGGCUCAGUACCUUUAAAAGCCAUCCUGAAGUCUCUCGGGUUUGGGUUCGUUCCCGAGGAGAAUAUAACAGGCAAAAUAGAAGAGAUAGGAAGAUAGGAUAAAAGAAAAGCGAGAAAGAAAUGUGGGGAUGUGUCUUACCCUUUUGCCUCCCAGGAGCAUGGUUGCUCGUCACUAAUCUUCUUUGUAACAGUCCAUGAGAUUUUUCCACUUGUUCCAAUAUAUAUUACGGCUGUAUUUGGUUUGGUG